AAAAUGGAUUAUAAAACUAUAAAUUAUGAAUAAGGAAAGAUUGAAUAUGGAAGUGAAGAAAUAUAUGUGUCAAUAAUUUCUAAGUUUAUCAACAUGACUUUUGAGAAGUAAUUGUAAGAAUUGUACUUAGCUGUACAAUUACUUGAUUAAAAAAGGAUGGAAAAAGCUUGUUUUGUACUUAAGGGUAGUGUAGGGUAAAUCAAUAUUAAUUAAGGCAGGAAGAUAGAUCCUUGCAUUUGAUUAUCUCUAAAAAACAAAUGCUUUAUAUGAUAUUGCUAAAAAGCAAUAACCACAUACAGAUAGGGAUGUAAUAGACUUAUACCAUAGAUAUUUUGAUUUAAUUGAUGCUAGUAUUCAAUUAGCAGCUGAAUUAUCUUAAGCUGCUAAAUAAUUGAUAAGUAUUUCAGAAAUUAAAUCUUAUAGUAAAUUUAAAUACUAUAUUUAGGAGAUACUAUAUGGCCUAAGUAUAUAGAAUUCAUGUAGAGAUACAUUUAAGAAUAUAGUAAACCAAGUGAUAAUUAAUAAAGAUGUUAGUAAUGCAAAGAAUGCAUCAUAUUUUGA